UGUCUGACUGAUAUAAAGGCAGAAGAUACAGAGGGAGAAGAAGAGACGUAUGUGACUGAUAUAAAGGCAGAAGAUAUAGAGGAAGAAGAAGAGACGUAUGUGACUGAUAUAAAGGCAGAAUAUAUAGAGGGAGAAGAAGAGACGUAUGUGACUGAUAUAAAGGCAGAAGAUAUAGAGGGAGAAGAAGAGACCUAUGUGACUGAUAUAAAGGCAGAAGAUACAUUGGGAGAAGAAGAGACGUAUGUGACUGAUAUAAAGGCAGAAGAUAUAGAGGGAGAAGAAGAGACGUAUGUGACUGAUGUAAAGGCAGAAGAUAUAGAAGGAGACGAAUGUGACUGAUAUGAAGACAGAAGAUACAGAGGGAGAAGAAGAGACGUAUGUGACUGAUAUAAAGGCAGAAGAUAUAGCGGGAGAAGAAGAGACGUAUGUGACUGAUAUAAAGGCAGAAGAUAUAGAGGGAGAAGAAGAGACGUAUGUGACUGAUAUAACGGCAGAAGAUAUAGAGGGAGAAGAAGAGACGCAUGUAACUGAUAUAAAGGCAGAAGAUAUAGCGGGAGAAGAAGAGACGUAUGUGACUGAUAUAACGGCAGAAGAUAUAGAGGGAGAAGAAGAGACGUAUGUGACUGAUAUAAAGGCAGAAGAUAUAGCGGGAGAAGAAGAGACGUAUGUGACUGAUAUAAAGGCAGAAGAUAUAGAUGGAGAAGAAGAGACGUAUGUGACUGAUAUAAAGGCAGAAGAUAUAGAGGGAGAAGAAGAGACGUAUGUGACUGAUAUAAAGGCAGAAGAUAUAGAGGGAGAAGAAGAGACGUAUGUGACUGAUAUAAAGGCAGAAGAUAUAGAGGGAGAAGAAGAGACGUAUGUGACUGAUAUAAAGGCAGAAGAUCUAGAGGGAGAAGAAGAGACGUAUGUGACUGAUGUAAAGGCAGAAGAUAUAGAAGGAGAAGAAGAGACGUAUGUGACUGAUAUGAAGACAGAAGAUACAGAGAGACAAGAAGAGACGUAUGUGACUGAUAUAAAGGCAGAAGAUAUAGAGGGAGAAGAAGAGACGUAUGUAACUGAUAUAAAGGUAGAAGAUAUAGAGGGAGAAGAAGAGACGUAUGUGACUGAUAUAAAGGCAGAAGAUAUAGAGGGAGAAGAAGAGACGUAUGUGACUGAUAUAAAGGCAGAAGAUAUAGCGGGAGAAGAAGAGACGUAUGUGAGGGGUGAUCAGCAGUGUAAGGAGGAGGAGAUCCCUACAGAUAUCAGCACAGAUGGACCCACAAGCAGGAAUAUCUCAGAAGGACAUCUAAUGUUAUCCCUGGAUUGUGAAAUAACAGAUAACGACAGUAGACAGGAUUCUCCAGGAGAUAACCUCAUUAUCCCAAUUAUACAUCCAGCUCUAUCAACUGAUCCCCCUGAUCCUGGGAAAUCUUCUCCUGAUCACUCUGAUAUUGGUGCAUCUAUUACAGCUCUGAGAUUAGAUACAGAGUUUCCCUGUUCUACAGAUGCCAAAUGUUUUACACAGAACACAAACCGUAUUACUCAUCAGCCAGCUAAGGCAGGUGAGAGGCUAUUUCCAUGUUCUGAGUGUGGGAAAUGUUUUACAUAUAAAUCAGAUCUUGUUACACAUCAGAGACGUCACACUGGUGAGAAGCCAUUUCCAUGUUCUGAGUGUGGGAAAUUUUUUACAAGUAAAUCAAAUCUUGUUGCACAUCAGAGACGUCACACAGGUGAGAAGCCGUAUUCCUGUUCUGAGUGUGGGAAAUGUUUUGCACAGAAAUCUGAUCUUUUUAAACAUCAGAGAAGUCACACAGGUGAGAAGCCGUAUUCCUGUUCUGAGUGUGGGAAAUGUUUUGCAUCGAAAUCAUAUCUUGUUACACAUCAGAGAAGUCACACAGGUGAGAAGCCGUAUUCCUGUUCUGAGUGUAUGAAAUGUUUUCCACAGAAAUCAGAUCUUAUUACACAUCAGAGAAGUCACACUGGUGAGAAGCCAUUUCCAUGUUCUGAGUGUGGGAAAUUUUUUGCAUCGAAAUCAAAUCUUGUUACACAUCAGAGAAGUCACACAGGUGAGAAGCCGUAUUCCUGUUCUGAGUGCGGGAAAUGUUUUACAUCGAAAUCGGAUCUUUUUAAACAUCAGAGAAGGCACACAGGUGAGAAGCCGUAUUCCUGUUCUGAGUGUAUGAAAUGUUUUACACAGAAAUCAGGUCUUGUUACACAUCAGAGAAGUCACACAGGUGAGAAGCCGUAUUCCUGUUCUGAGUGUAUGAAAUGUUUUCCACAGAAAUCAGGUCUUGUUACACAUCAGAGAAGUCACACUGGUGAGGAGCCAUUUCCAUAUUCUGAGUGUGGGAAAUUUUUUACAAAUAAAUCAAAUCUUGUUACACAACAGAGACGUCACACAGGUGAGAAGCCGUAUUCCUGUUCUGAGUGUGGGAAAUGUUUUGCACAGAAAUCUGAUCUUUUUAAACAUCAGAGAAGUCACACAGGUGAGAAGCCGUAUUCCUGUUCUGAGUGUGGGAAAUGUUUUGCAUCGAAAUCAAAUCUUGUUACACAUCAGAGAAGUCACACAGGUGAGAAGCCGUAUUCCUGUUCUGAGUGUGGGAAAUGUUUUGCAUCAAAAUCAAAUCUUGCUGCACAUCAGAAAAGUCACACAGAUGAGAAGCCGUAUUCCUGUUCUGAGUGUGGGAAAUGUUUUGUAUCGAAACCAAAUCUUGUUACACAUCAGAGAAGUCACACAGGUGAGCAGCCAUAUUCCUGUUCUGUGUGUGGGAAAUGUUUUGCACACAAAUCAUCUUUUGUUAGUCAUCAGAGAAGUCACACAGGUGAGAAGCCGUAUUCCUGUUCUGUGUGUGGGAAAUGUUUUCCACAGAAAUCGGCUCUUGUUACACAUCAGAGAAGUCACACAGGUGAGAAGCCGUAUUCCUGUUCUGAGUGUGGGAAAUUUUUUGCAACAAAAUCAAAUCUUGUUACACAUCAGAGAAGUCACACAGGUGAGAAGCCGUAUUCCUGUUCUAAGUGUGGGAAAUGUUUUAGACAGAAAUCACAUCUUGUUACACAUCAGAGAAGUCACACAGGUGAGAAGCCAUUUUCAUGCUGUGAGAGAAAUAUAUAUGUUGAACAUAUUAGACAUUACCCAAGCACGGAACCAUUUAAAUCUUCUGGAGUAUAAUUAUCACUGUCAUGCAAUGUUCCUCAAGGGUCAAUCCUAUCUCCUAUCUUCAUGCAAUAUACAGUCUGGUCCAUAUAUAUUGGGACAUCGACACAAUUCUCAUAUUUUGAGCUCUAUACACCACCACAAUGGAUUUGAAAUUAAACAAACAAGAUGUGCUUUAACUGCAGACUUUCCGCUUUAAUUUGAGGGUAUAUACAUCAAAAUCAGGUGAACGGUGUAGGAAUUAAAAUGGUUUUUAUAUGUGCCUCCCACUUUUUAAGGGACCAAAAGUAAUGGUACAAACUAAAGAAUCCUAAAUCAAAUAUUGUAAAUCAGAUCAGUGCGCUCGUCCAGUUCAACAAAAAGUACUUUACUACUUAAUGUGGUCGCAGCCCGGAUCAGUGUUUCGUGAAUUGAGCUUUCACAUAUUUUCCAAGGGCGAUCUGAUUACCAUCUCCUAGAUGAAGACCUGGAUACAAUAUCCAUACUGAUAUGCAAAUAUUUAUCUGGUACGCAUAUAAAUUUUGUGUGAUAACUGAAUUUAAUCCCACAUACGGAAAUAUACUAUGCUAUAUAGCGAUUCUUUGUGUCUCCUAGCAGCAUUUAGAUCCCAGUAGUGACCUGGACUAAAGAAUGGGGGACUGAUACGCCAUGUGUCAAGCCGUAAUCCGUACGCUAUAAUAUUCUUGCGUGUGACAAAACUAGUGAUAAGCGGAUUCGGUUUUACUCUGUUCUCAAAACGGCAUCUUAUUGGCUUACAGAUGUCAUGUGUUUUGUAUAGCCAAUAAGAUUCUGUUUUGAGAUCCGAGUAAAACUGAAUCCGCUCAUCACUAGACAAAACUGAUUGAAAAAUACUACACCAUAGUCGCUCUCUUGUUUCUUCCUUUGAUUCCAAAAUACUAAAUCAAACUUUUACUUUUUAAUAUUUUGUUGCAAAUCCUUUUGUCAGUUACAGCCUGAAGUCUGGAACGCAUAGACAUCACCAGACGCUGGGUUUCAUCCCUGGUGAUGCUAUGCCAGGCCUCUACUGCAACUGUCUUCAGUUCUUGCUUGUUCUUGGGGCAUUUUCUCUUCCGUUUUGUCUUCAUCAAGUGAAAUGCAUGCUCAAUCGGAUUCAGGUCAGGUGAUUGACUUGGCCAUUGCAUAACAUUCCACUUAUUUGCCUUAAACGAUUUGGUUGCUUUCGCAGUAUGCGUCGGGUCAUUGUCCAUCUGCACUGUGAAGCGCCUUCCAGUGAGUUCUGAAGCAUUAGACUGAAUAUGAGCAGAUAAAAUUGCCCAAAACACUUCAGCAUUCAUCCUGCUGCUUUUAUCAGCAGUCACAUUAUCAAUAAAUACAAGGGAACCAGUUCCAUUGGCAUCCAUACAUGCCCACGCCAUGACACUUCCACCACCAUGCUUCACUGAUGAGCUGGUAGGUUUUGGAUCAUGAGCAGUUCCUUUCCUUCUCCAUACUCUUUUCUUCCCAUCACUCUGAUACAAGUUGAUAUUUGUCUCAUCUGUCCAUAGGAUGUUCCAGAACUGUAAAGGCUUUUUUAGAUGUUGUUUGCAAACUCUAAUCUGGUCUUCCUGUUUUAUUGCUCACCAAUGGUUUACAUCUUGUGGUGAACCCUCUAUAUUCACUCUUGUGAAGUCUUCUCUUGAUUGUUGACUUUGACACAUAUACACCUAUCUCCUGGAGAGUGUUAUUGAUCUGGGCAACUGUUGUGAUGGGGUUCGUGCUAUUUAGUACACUAGUAGUGUACUAAAUAGCAUGAACAGCUUGUAACGUAGAGUGGCAAGUUUAAUCUUUCUAUGGAUAAUGGAGAGAAAUAAAAGCUCCUCCCUAAGUUCCUGGAUGCCAAAUCACUGUCCUUAGUAUCUCUGUACAGUUUUUUCUGUUACAGUACUAAUUAGCAGGAACAGCUUAUAAUGUACAACACAGAUUCUCUAAUGCCGACGAUCUACAGUACUGUGUUGCUCGAACAGUUAGUUGCGUCAGAAUACACUAAUUUAUAGCUACUGUUAUGUCUAUACGUGCUCAUUACCUGCAGAUUUACCCCGAUUUGUGUGAAACCUGUGUGCACCCUUCUGUUGAAUGUUUUACAAUGGAUUACACAAAAAAAAUAAUAAAGUGAAUGUCACUGGAACACAAAAAAAAUUGACACUUUGGGAAUCGAACCUGGUACUCAGCAUGGCAGACCGGAGCCUUCAUCGCUAGCCCACAGCACUGCAUGGAAGAUUGUCAAGUUCAUGUGUAAAAGUACUGCAAAAAGCGAUUCCUCCCCAUUGGUGUUUGUUUAUGCCAUUAGGGGACUCGGACACUCAUUUUGUGCACUGUACAUACUGUAAAGUCAAUGAGCUACAUUAUUCCUUUUACACAUUAGUUGUGUCUGCAUACACAAGUGUUUUAACACGUUCAUUUGCGUCUGUAUAAACUAUACACACAGGGAUUUGGCAUCCAGAAACUUAGGGAGGAGCUUUUAUCUCUCCCCAUUAUACUUAAUAUUACGGGAUUUGUACACUCGCAUAUCCCUAACAUCAAUAGACCAUACUGUAUCUGUAACACGUUCAUUUGCAUCUGUAUAUGCUGUACUAUUUGCACCUUUACUGUAUAUACUGUUAUAUACUUUAUGACAUACUGUAGCAUAAUGUAGCGUAAUGAGACGCACCAGUAAAGUAGUUCUUACGCUGUAGUUCAGUAUUGUAUUUUAAUGGAGACCACACGCUUGGGCAUUAGUGAUUUAAAAAAGCGACAUCUGGUGGAUGAUCUUAGGUAUUACACUCGAAGGUAACGCCAAAUGCUCUGUGUGCCUUCCUACGACUAGGCGCGCCUCCUUGCGCCCAGGUACGCUGCGUAUGCCUAAUCGCGACUAAUGCCUCAGCCAGCCAAGAUAACGGAGGACCCGUCUGUAUAUUUACUUCCUAAAUAAUACAUCCCAAAUGCUUAGGUCUUUUUUCUGCUGUUUAUUUUGUAUCUUGUGCUUUGUGUAAAUGUGAAUGUCUAAUACCAGUUUACACAAUCUGUAUUGCUGCACGACAAUAUGGCGGCCAUUGGAACGUGUUUUCACUUCUAGUUUGCCUAACUUGCUGCAGACACUCAUCUUGAUAAGGAGUGCUGAGUGUUUUCUGAUACAAGAUCCUAUCCAUAUAUACCCUGUACAUUACCAUGUGCAUUAGUCACCCGGGUUACAUCUGCGGUGGUUUGUUGUAUGUUACAUCUAUAUGGUGCGGAUACUCCCCUGUAUGAUCUCAUAAUAAAAGCUUUU